AUGGCGACUUCGAUUUUUCAGAGAAAGCGCGACUUUGCGUAUCUUGUAUUCUUCAUUAUACAUCUUCCUGUGAUGCUGGCAUUCGACCUGACGGGCUUCUACCCAGCCAACCUAAAACCCCAGUGGAUGACCACGAUUCGCGAAUUCUACAUCACAACAUACGGCGAUCGCUUCUUCUACAAUCCACCCGCAUACUUCCCCACCCUCCUCACUCUAGAACUAAUCUACCACCUCCCCCUCACCCUCUGGGCCAUCCCCGCUCUCCUCCGCAACUCCCCGCACAUCCCUCUCGCACUCCUCGUGUUCGGUCUCGAGACCAGCAUCACGACGCUAGUUUGCAUGGCCGACAUGUUAAGCUGGGAGGAAUUGAGUAGUAUGCAGAGGGGUUUACAGGGGCUGGGGGCUAUGUAUGGUGGGUAUCUUAUUUUUGGACUCCUCAUGACCCUCGACUGCUACGCAAGAUUACACCACAUCAUCACCACAUCACAGCAUCAACACGCCCUGUCCAGCAAGACCAAGACGAUUUAA